AUUCGAGGUGUAGGAAGUCCUCCUGCCUGCUGCGUGCUCACUGAAAGAGCUGCUCAAAAUCCGACAGAUGAGAAAUAGCAAGCUAGCAACCAAAUGGCAUGCUAGAUAGCUUAAACACAAAUUCGUCAUUGAAUCAGAGGCGGUGCACAACUGACACAUGUUCAGGUGUUCUGCCUAGAGCUGUAAGAUCAUGUCUAUGGUCCUGUUUGCCUCCGUGGUACGAGUGGGGGAUGGCCUGCCUCUCUCCGCCUCGACAGAUUAUGAGCAGGACAAAGGCCUGCAGGAGACCAAGAAGCACCUUAAAGCUCUCUCCAAGAAGCUCAGCCAGUUUCCUGACCGCUGCACACUGAAGACUGGACAGUACAAUGUCAAUUUCACCAGCUCCCUGGGCGUGGGCUAUCUGAUGGUCUGCUCUGAUACCUACCCCAACGUGCUGGCCUUCUGUUUCUUGGAUGAGCUGCAGAGAGAGUUCCUGGUCACCUACGACACGAAGCGCAUCAUCAGCGCCGUGCGGCCGUAUUCCUUCAUAGAGUUUGACAACUUCAUCCAGAAAACCAAGCAGCGUUACAACAGCCCCCGCUCGCUGUCCACCAAGAUCAACCUGGCCGACAUGCAGACGGAGAUCAAGCUGCGGCCGCCCUACCAGCUCUCCCCGGAGGACCUGGGCUCCGUCAACGGCUUCUCCCCCCACACCACCUCCAAGUACAAGGGCAUAGCUCCCACCCAGAUGCUGGAGCCGGUCGCCCUGCCCGGUGUCGUGUCCUGUGUGCUCAGCCUGCUUUGCGGAGGCCUCAAUCUCCUGCGCGGAGUCCACGCCAUCGAGAGCAUUCUACAGAACGAUGACGAAAACUUUAAUUAUGUGAUUGCCUUUUUCCUGGGCACAGCAGCCUGUCUGUAUCAGUGUUACCUGUUUGCAUACUUCUCCGUGUGGAGAAACAGCAAGUCCUUCCUGGCGUUUGCACUCAUCUGUCUGUGCAACAUGUACCUGUAUGAACUGAGGAACGUGUGGCAGAUCCUGUUCCACGUCACCGUCGGAGCCUUCAUGACCCUGCAGAUCCGCCUCCGCCAGCCACAGGGCAAAGCGCCAGACUACAAUGUCUGACCCGGACGACAAAGGACUCAAACUCCCCAAAACUCCUCCAAAAAUCCAGGAAACAGUUUUGAAGUUCCACUCAAAUUCUUUGGUGUCUUUACCACCACAUAUUCCUCCACCCCUUCCCCCCCUGGACGGCUGGACUAGAUGCCCUGAGAGACCCUCAGACAGCCCCCCCGCAUACACCCCAACCCCCCCUCCCCCCCCUCUCUCUCUCUUCAAUGUGGCUGCCAGCUCAUAUGGAGCCUGUACAGGCAUGGAGGAAGCCUCAGCCAGCCCCAGUGACUCUGCUGGAUGAAUGUCUCCAGGCUGCUUGGGAGGAAGGACUGGGCGUGGUGGGGGUGGGGGUGGGACUACGCAGUGCAGGGCUUUUCAGAGUAAAUCCUUUUGGUUUCCCCUUUAGGUGUAGGACAAGACUUCCAUCCGUUCAACUGGCGACGUCAUGUACUUUCAUCCGUACUAUCAUCAUUUGCUUGCUCGUUUUGAAGCAUAUCGUUUUAUUGAUUAUUUAUUGAACAUUGUUUCUGAUUUUGUAUCAGAAACAAAACCUAUUUCAGGAUUUGAAUGCAUUCAUUUGUUUUGUAUACGCUACACAGGCCGUUCCUUGCCUCCGUGUCAUUGCACAUGCCCAGUAGGCCUCAGAGUCAGAACAGUCCUAUGUCAGUGACAGAGUUGUGACGCUGACACUGACGCUGUACAUGGAGCUCCCGAUGUCGCGCUGGAUGUCACUAGUGCAGCCACCCUCUUCCAGUCCCCUUGCUACAGUGCUGCUACUGGCAGCUACCAUUCAAACAUACUGUAUAUCCAUAGACUAUAUCCAUAGACUAUAUCCAUAGACUAUAUCCAUAGCAUGGGCUUCAUCAGACUUCAAUCCAGUCCCUUGAUUGUGCCAAUUGCAUUGUUGACUGUCUUGAUAUUUGGCAACUUCCAUUGACAGCAUUAGAGUUCAGUUAAUAAUUGCAUGAGAGAACAUAGAGGAAGCCAAGUAUUGUGCUUGUUUGGCACCCGGAGGCUGACAGACUGCUUCAGCUCCUAGGAUCUGUCCUGGCCUGUUGGGGCGGCGGUUUGACCGUUUUGCUGUGGUAGCCUGCAGGCCCCACUCACCAGCACAGUUGUUCCUGAAAGAGUUUGGAUUUUGCUAUUGAUCAAAUGUAACACUUCACCAUAAUUAAACAAUACAAAUAUGUGUUCAUUUAUCCUUGAUUUUC